AUGGUCACCACACGGAAUAUGACACGCUCAGGAGUCGAGUCUCCGGCGGAGAACACCACACCCAAGAAGCUACCCGUGCGAGGAAAGGACGGCAAGGGCACACCCAAGUCUACACCUAAAGCUACUCCCAAGAAGGGAUCCGCCAAGAAGGAUGAGAGCAGCAGGCCGUCAUCAAAAAAGAAGUCGUCUCUCGCGGUGGAAUUGAGAGCAGAGUCGACCCCGUCCAAGAGCACCGAUUUACAGGGACAGACUGUGAUCACAGGGCCCGAGCAGCCGGCGCCAGAGCCGGAGUUGGAGGACAAGGUCAUUGACGAUUCAGAGGCGUCGCCACAGUCCGGAAACGACGCAAAGGAUGAAGAGGCGACGAAGGAGGAGGAGCCAGCUGCGCCCGCGGAGGAAAAGAAGGCCCCAGCUGCCGAGCAGGCGGACGAUUCAGACUCUGAUGAAGCCCCCGAGGCAGUUUCUACGUCCAAGGCUGCUGUUCAGGCGAAGAAGUCCGCGCAAGCUGCCACCAAGGCCAUCGCAGAACAAGCUGCCGCUCAGAAGCGUAAGCGUCAAGAGCGCAACGUCCGCCUCCAGGAACAGGCUGCUGUUCGCAAGGCCCAGGAGACUGCGGCCGCUGAGGAGCAGGCCAAGAAGGAUAAGGAGGAGAAGGAGGAGGAGGAGGAGAAGCCCCAGGCCGCGGCGGAGAAGCCCGGACGUCGUAGACUCGACAAAUUUGAUCUUCCCGCCGAGCUGCCGGCUGAGUUCCUCAACUCCGACUCCGAAGAUGACGGCGAAGGCGCCGAUGACGAGCGCAAGCCCCGCAAGGUCCGCAAGCUGAGUGCGGUGGAGGCCCAGAUUGCGCGGGAGAGCCGUGGCCCCAAGGAUGAAGUUGUGGGAACUACCGUGUUCCGGGUUGCCAAGAAGGAGGACGAGAGGAUGACGCCUAGGGCGCAGAAGUACUCAGUCAACGCGAAGAAGGCGCUUUUGGCACGCGGCAGGACACCCGUGAAGGCGCGCAAGGGGUUCUUUGUUUAG